AUGACCUCCAUGAAAAGACAGGAAGUUCAAAACUCACACACCAAACCAGCAGAGAUGAUAGGCAAUGACGAUGAUAUUCUCAUUGAUGGGAGCUCAAAAUUUCCCUCUGCCCUCUUCUUGCGGGUGCCGCCUUAUUCAAACAAGCCUAAAUACCACUUCCUUCCACUAGAUGGAAAACCAGCUCGUGAUCCAAUCAGAUCUCUCACUUUCGCUGAUGACUCUGCAGGCGUCAGUAUUUUACAAUCUUGCAAUGGCUUCUUGUUGUGCCGCAGCAACCGCCGGACUGGAGAACAUAAUCGGAACUACUACAUUUACAAUCCCACGACCAACAAAUACACUAUCCUUCCCCAGCCUGGCAACAGAAUUCCAAACACUAUUUUUUGUGUUAUUUUAGCUUUUGAUCCCUCGAGAUCGAGCUAUUACAAAGUUGUUUUUGUUCGGAGCUCAAGGUCAUCUCCUCAUCUUUACCAGUUGGAGAUAUACUCAUCUGAAACUCAACUUUGGAGUUUCUCUAGUGAAAUUCCCAAGGUUAAUUACAGUCGAUGGGCCUAUUGUUGUGGUGCCAUUUAUUGGAUGAGUUACUCUAUGAAUUUCCUUUGUUUUGAUGUUGAUCAAGAGAGAUUUCGAGAAAUUCCAAUGCCUGAAAUUCCUGAUGACUGGGGCCAACAGCCCAAGUGCAGAUACUUUAGAGAGCUCGGAGGCCGCCUGCAUCUUAUCUUGACCAAUGGCAGGCAUAGUACCCGGCAGUUUGAUGUUUAUGAGAUGGAAAAAGACUUUUCCGGGUGGUUUGUGAAGUACCGAGUCGACCUCAAAGCACUUAUAUCGGCAUAUCCAGAGAUGACUCGUAGCUACGCUCAUCCAUCAGAUUGGGAUUACCAUGCAUUUAGAGUACUAGCUGUUGUUUGUAAAGAAAGUGAAGGGUCAUUCAUGGUGUUGCAUACACCGCCUAAGCGCAUCCUACCGCUUUCCAAAGCCAUCCAACUCCCCUCCCUCCUCCAUACAUUGAGGGAUGUAGCAACGUCGAAAAGGUAA